CAAAAAGAAAUCCUUUCAAGCAAUUCUUUGCCUCCAACCAAUAUACGUAGUUUCAGCUUGUUCUCAAUGCCAAAUAGUAAACCAUAUACUGGGAACACCCACAAGGGCAAUUCAUGUUCUAAAAACCAACCCUCGAUCGAAAAUACACUCGCACACAUUGUCAAUCUAUUUCAAUGUGCUGCAUGCAUGGAGCUGCUAUUCCAGCCAUUGACUCUACCAUGUGGAUACUCGGUUUGUCGUCGAUGCUUUCGAAGGCCUUCUGCUAAACCCAUUCGUGGCCGCUCACUUCAGUCACAAGUCAAGCUCAUGUCACAGGUCUUUGACAAUCGUACAGGAAUUCCAUCAAACCAACUCAAUGGCAUUAAUCAGCAUUCAUCUACUUUAUCCUUUUUUACAGCACCGGAAAUACUAGACAGUCAGACCAGGUCUGUUCCAGUACACCCACAAUCGCCAGUUAUGGACACAAUCUCAACAAAUUUCGUUUCGGAUGCCACUACUACAAUGCGUCCAUAUACCGUCACUUCAGAUAUUUUCACAUAUACUAAUACUCACGAUACCUCUGCAGCCUUGUCUAUGGCAUCGGCUACUGCUACCGAAUCUCCUGCUUCACAAACCACUUUGAAUUCAGCCGCUCCGCCUAAUAUUCCAUCUAGAAAAUUCACUUUUCCAGCUCCAUCCCCCAUUUGGGAUGCAGAUCAUGAAGCAACUGCGCGACAAGCAGUAGACUGCGUUGGUGCUUAUAUUUGCCCUGUAAGAGCAUGUAGACGACAACAUCGCUUCAGAGGUGAGCGUGGUGACGUGAUACUAACAUCACUUUUGGAAAGACUAUUUCCAAAGGAAACUGCCGCAUUAAGAUUGGUAUUGCAAGGCGAAGAGCGACUUAAACAAUAUUGGAAUCCAGCUCAACCCAUGUGUCAAGAUGGAUACUGUGACAUUGGUUCAAAAGAUCCUACUUCAUGUACUGUUCGCAACAAGGAGCAUGAUUUACUAGACAUUAUUCAAUCAUGUUUUGAACCCGCCAUUGCUCAGUGUGAGUUUUUACAACUACCGUAUGUUGUCAGAGCCAAAGUGUAUGCCGAAUUGGGUCGUUUUGAUGAAGCAACAGCCAGUGCCAAUUUUGCCUCCUAUUUGAACCCCAUCAAUCGUCGUGGAUUAAUUACCGAGAAACUUAUUGCUUGGCGUAAACGUAUGCACGAGUCACAAUUACAUAUUCUUGCCACUUGUGCCAUGUCUGCCUUGUACUGUACAGAGUUUAAUAAUGGUGCAGAAUUUGUCGCAAAAUCAGUGCAGACUGCAGUAGAGGAUUUAAGAACAGAGAUUUACACCUGCAUCUAUAAUGAGGAUGCAGCUGAUGGUCGCAACUCAUUGCCUCAUUCCUGGGCAAACAUGAAUCUAGAUUCUACUUGUGGGUCAGUCCCAUCUGCCUCGUCGCCAUCUCCAUCCAGCGAGAUAUCGUCUCCAACUCAACAAAAUAUGUUCAUUCCUUCGUCAGAUGGUAUUCCGCCAUGUGUUCAGAAAGUUUCGACAGUAUCUGCAUCAGAUGUAUGUGUUGAUCCAAACCACUCUUCUGAAUCAUUCAUGCCGUUUGCCUUGCAACAAACACUUCAGUUACUGUGUGCCAAUAUAGUUGCUGCCUAUCCAGAACUAUUAACACUUCAAAAAGACCAGCAAUCGAUCGAUGCAUUGGUGUAUACACGCUUGGGAGAGUCACUACUAACACUGGCUGAUUUGGAAUGCCAUCUCUGUCUAAGUCCUAUGGUACAGCCUAUUACUUGUCCCUGUGGCCAUUCGUGGUGCAAAAAUUGUCUACUGAAAUCUUUAGAUCACUCCCGUGAUUGUCCCAUGUGUCGGUUCAAGCUACCUCCAAUUGGGUAUUUUAUGAUGAGACCAAAUAAUCGUAUCAUGGAUAGGUUGAUUCGCACCAUCAGCAACGCUCACCGUCCUGUACAAGCUGUCACUUCAAAAACAGUGCCUUCAUUUCCCGUCUCUGACGCGUAUGCCCAUUCUACACCACUUUCUGUUGCUACAUUGGGUCUAAAUGGAGCACCUACAACUAUUUCUUCUGCAUCCACCCACUCUAACAGUGCCUUUACGGAAUUAGAAGCGGAACCAUGCGGAACUUUAAUAGAAACUCUUAAUCGGGGCGACACGCCAUUUAAAGCGAUUGAAAAAAUUCCGCUAUUCAUAUGCUCUCUUGUUUUUCCGGGCUCCAGUCAGGGCUACCAUGUGGUUGAACCUCGUUAUCGCGUAUUGAUUAAGCGGUGUUUGGAAAGCAACCGCAGAUUUGGCAUAGUGAUGCCUCGUCCUUCACAUGCGGAUGAAUCGCCGUGCAUGGACCAUGGUACUCUAGUUUAUAUCAAACGCUUUGAUCCUCUUUUCAACUGCGAUAUAGUUUCAACUUGUGAUGGAAACUUGCCUCACUAUGUCUUGGAGGUGACUGCGCUUCAUCGAUUUCAUAUUAUAUCAAUUGAAAAAAAUACUGCGGGGUACUAUGAAGGAUAUGUGGAGCGUGUCGAAGAUAUCGAGCCAGAGGAUGAGUGUAACAGAGAUAGAACAGGCGAUGCAUCAACAGGCCUACUUCCUGUUGAUAAUGGAGCAGGAAACACUAGCACUAACCUUGAUAUACAAGCUCGAUCAGAAUUUCAUUCUCCACAUCACUAUCAUCAGCAGCAGCAAGGCGGAAAGUUUCAGCAGCAUUACAAUUAUCCAACUUCAUCUGUCUCGGCGCCAAAACCCCAGCAGCCAUCAUCAACACCGCAAUGGCGAUACAAUCAAGACUGGGACCCAUCAGCCCUAGUAACGCUGAUCUACAAGGCACGUCAUUUUGUAUUAAAGCUGUUGGCUUCGCUUCCAAUGGCGGCACGUCAUCAUUUCGAGCGACAACAUGGUAAAAUGCCAGAUGAUCCUGCAGAACUGUCAUUUUGGCUGGCAGAGUUUCUACCUCUUAAUCCAUACGUUUUGUAUGCUUUGCUUCCAUUGAAAAGUGUUACAGGCCGUAUGAGGUUGAUAUGCUCAUGGAUUGAUCAAACUUUGAUAGAUCAGCAGCAACAGUCUCAGAUUCGUCAGUGAUUCUGAAAUCUAUUUACUACGAAUUUGCUAUUCCGACUUGCUAAUGGGAUUGCUAGAUUAUCUCUAUGUAGAAGCCAAUUUUUUAUUUUCAUAUACUAUCCUCUGCUAUUUCAAUAGUUUUCUGUAAUAUACACCAUUCACUAGCUUUUUAAUGUUUCGAGGGAUUAUUGGUUUUUUGAAAGAGUAAGAAAUUGACUAUUGCAAAUGCAGGAUGAAGCUUGACAAGCUUAUCCCACGUUUAGAUUAUAUUCACGUAAAAUAGAAUACAUUUAUCUUGCAGUAAUUGCUUUGGAAUAAACGAUGAUUAAACAUUCAUUGUUUUCAUACCAC